AUGGGUUGGGCAUGGACAUUCAAAGACGGGAAUGACAGCUCGACGAAGCUUUUCGAGGAUCUUGCAAAUGUCCCAUUGCCGAGGUCCUUCCAAUCAAUCAACCAACCGCCCGGACAGAUUCCCGGCGGCCUGUUUGUCGACGGGGUCGGCGAUAUAGCCAUGCCACUCAAUGAGACGCAGGCUCGCCAGAUGAUUGAGAAGGCUCGUCCGCUUCCACCCAGCGAGAGUUCAUACCGGAAUACCGAUGUUCCUAUCCCAGGCAACUGGGUUCUGGAUGCAAAUAAGUUCUCCCUGCACCACCCUAACUGGCCUAUCUUCCUUCAAGCUUUGUGCGACCAGGCCUCCCGGAAUCUAGGGAUCAACACUCGUGUUACGGCCAAGCCUUUCCAGAUGCACAUCUACGAGGCGGGGAAUGUCCCAUCGAUAACAGAGCACUCGCCUCUCAAGGAUGAGCGCCCGGGCAUGUUCGGCCUCAUGCUCCUGUGUCUGCCAUCAGCACACGAGGGAGGUGAAAUUACUAUGACAUGUCCCGACAUGGAUGAAAUGCGGCUACGAACCUCGAAAUGCCAUUCCUUUGCCUGCUUCUACCCGCAAUCUCUUUGCGAGGUGGCCGAGGUGCAUUCAGGCUUUCUAUGGUUUCUGGUUUUUGAUAUUGGCCUCGAUCCGCCUGUACCACUGCCAUUAAAGGCGGCCAUACAGCAACCUAUGUUUUACAAGCUUCGCGGCUCUCUAGAACGGUGGCUUUCGAAGAUGAAGCAGGAUUCUGAGUGCACGUGCGCCUAUCAUCUUCUUCACUAUACCUACACCAAAGCCAAUUUUUCCUUUCAGGGUCUAAAGAUGCAAGACCUUGAAAAAGUCCAGGCGUUGAAAGCUUUAUCCCGUGAGUUUCCCAUUGAAAUUCUCCUUGCCGAACUAGAACACCAGGAGAGAGAAGUGUAUCUCAGUAAGGACGAAGAUGAUCCCGACGAUGACGACGGGGAUGUAGAAGAAGAAGAAUUCGGGGUUGAAGAUGGAGAUGAUGAUUAUUGUGCAGAUUAUUCUGAAAUGGAAGACACUGAAUUCCAGACGCUGGUGAAAGCUCUGGUAGACUUGGACGGCAACCUGGUGCUAAAAGACACGGCCCCUAAUGGUGUCGAUCUCGAAGGAGACUUUGAACGUCGUGAUGUAAAACUGAAGAAAAUAGAACGCGACGCGGCUAUCGCCAUCGUCCCCCACGGUUCGUUGAUCGGUUUUAUUAAGGAUGAAUCAGAUUUUGAUGCGGUUCGUGACAAUCUCGACUCCAUGAUUCGAUAUUUCGGUGGACUUUGUGUGCAUCAACAGGCCUCAGAGUCAUUAGGGAGGCGAGUACUGAAACUCUGUGAUUAUGCCUGGCAAAUGAAACCCAAGCUCAUACCUUUUCCGGACCACAAUCCAAUUCUCACCGGGGAUGCUAUGUUUCUUGCCCUUCAAAUCGCAGUAGGUCUCGAGGAAUUCGGGUUUUUGACACGCGUUGCUGAGGAACAUGGCGGCGACCUGCCGCCUGAUUUCUUCAUUUGGCUUCGGCAAUGGCUUCGACUUGGCGAGAAGGGCGCCAAGAUCCGGUUUAAGGCUAUUGUAAAAGGGCAAGUCUAUUACAUGGCGCUGCGUGUGAUUCCUCUUUGGCAUGCUAACUGUGGUAGAAUAUCCGUGGCUGUUUCGAAUUACAAGUUCUUCAUCGAUGCGUUCAAGGCUAUUGGAAACUUGGCACCCCUUUCGAAAAACAAUUUUCCACAUUCGGGGUCUUCCGAGUUUGAGUUGAUGGACUGGGCUCGCAAAAUGAUUUGCGAGUGUAUUGAUGCCUCCUCAUCCAUGGCCUUGGGCAACGAAGAUGGACAGGCUAUCGUGCGCAGUGCCUUGUAUUUCCGUGACCCCCUCGAAUUUAUUUCUCAAACUGUGGCGCCACGGCUCGAAAAAAGAAAUGACGCCAUCGCCUUUUUUCUUACUUUCCGACACGAGAUGCUACACAAUGAUCCCUUUGCAAAGGACAUUUCUCUGCAUCUUCACCAGACACGGUCUCUCAUACAUGUCAUGGACUUCAAGCAUGCGAGGAAAACAUCGGUUACCGAAGCAUACACGGACUUGCAAGCCAAAAGACUACAAGUCCGAGCAGUCAUCAUUCCUCAACUGCUGGCUGGUUUCUUCUCAGACGUCGUCCAUAUCAGCACCGAAACGGAUAAUCUCAUGGCACUACUCAUUUCCAAGAUCACUGCGGGCGCUGCAAAUAUUAAAAGCACAGAAUUUCCCAUCUUGUGGUUGCCGUUUCUACACUCGAUUAUUCCCGUUUUACUCUCCCGCGGCAUACCCCUUCACUCGGUGCAUUGUCAAACUCUCUUUUCAGUCAUUCUAAGCGCCUUUGUCAAGAUAUAUGUAGGGAAAAAGCCUCUCAAGAACGCAACACUAGCUCUAAGCCAUGUGCCAUGUGGUUGCUCCAAGUGCGGGCGUCUGAAUACCUUUCUUCGCAGCCCUACGCAACGUGUUGGAUCAUUUUCCAAAAAUGCAAGAGUUUCCGGCCACCUCAGGGCUCAGCUUGAAUACCUCUGCGACGCCGGCGACCUUGAUUUUGAAGAGGAGGACUCGGGUUAUCACUUUGGCACCAAGUUCACGGUAACCAAAACGGACCAUGCAAGAAUACUUUGUGAAUGGAACUCGCGCCGGGAUCAGGCAAGAUGUCAAAUGUCGCAAUUUGACCCGCGUCAACUCCAGUUGUUGCUAGGUUCCCACUACUCUGCCAUCUUUAACGUACUGACACAACUGCCCGGGUGUGACGAUGAGAUGUUAUGGGUCCCGUUGGACGCGAAACUAAGGCUCUUCCGUUGA